AUGUCCGAUGUCGCCGCCUUGGAGGCCGAGGUGAAAGAAUUCAAGAUCCAGCUCGAAACAGUCCAAUCUAGCUUGCAGGUAGAACCCGAUAACACGGAGUUGCAAAGUCUCAAGACUGAACUCGAAGAACUCAUAACCCUUACCGAAACUGCUAUCGCCGAGCUCAAACCACCCGCGCCGGCAGCUAAGCCCAAGCCUACUGCGACACCGCCCAAGGAGACAUGGUCAUCGAAAGAGUCUGUCUCGCGCCCAUCCAAAGCCGCCUUCGAUCGUACAGAUGAGGCCACCGCCACCGCACCUCCGCCUGCCGCCUCCUUCUCCGUCAAUGACACCGUUCUCGCCCGCUGGGUCUCGGGCGACAAUGCCUUCUACCCUGCUCGCAUCACCUCCAUCACAGGCUCUUCCAGCAACCCCGUGUAUCUGGUCUCGUUCAAGUCGUAUGCGACCGUCGAGAACCUGACGGCCAAGGACAUCCGCCCCAUCGCGGGCAAUGACUCUCGCAAGCGCAAGGCUGAUGGAACCUCAGGCAGUUCAGCAUCCUCUUCUCCCGCUCCACCGUCCGUCUCACACGCCAAUGUGAUCUCGGCAGCGGCCGAUAUCAAUCCCGCUCUGGCCAACCAAGCCCGCCAGGAACCUAGUAAGGCUGGGGAUACCCCUGCCCGUCCCGCCAAGGUGGCUCGCAAGGUCAAGGCCAAUAAGGAAUUGGAGGAGGGCAAGAAUAAAUGGCAGAAUUUCGCGGCCAAGGGCAAGGGCAAGUUUGGCAAGAAAGAUAGCAUGUUCCGCACUGGUGACUCGGUAAAUGCAAGAGUUGGAUUUACGGGAUCAGGUCAACAGAUGCGCAGGGAUCCUGCGCGGACUCGCCAUGUCUAUCAACCGGCUGAGGAUGAGGGCUACUAA